GGAGGGAAUGGCCAUCCCAGGCAGAGGGAACAGAAUGUGCAAAGGCCUAGCACUGUGGUCUGAAUGUUUGUGUCUCCCCCAAAUUCAUAAGUUGAAAUCAUAACUCCCAAAUGUGAUGGUAUUAGUCGGUGGGGCCCUUAGGAGGUGCUUAACUCAUUGAGGAGGAUUCCCUAUGAAAGGGAGUACUACCUUUUAAAAGAGGCUCCCAAGAGAUCCCUAGCCCUUUCCACCACACAAGAGCACAGCAAGAAGUCAGCAGCCCGCAGUCCAGAAGAGGGCCUUCAUCAGACCCAUGCAGACACCCUGACCUUGGACUUCUAGCUUCCAGAACAGCAACAAGUAAAUGUCUGUUGUUUUGAGGCCACCCAGUCUGCAAUAUGUUGUUAUAGCUGCCCAAACACACCAGGGCACCUGGAAACAUCAAGGAACAUCUUGUAUUCAGAGGGCAGGAAAUACUUAGGUAUGGUUAGAGCAUAUGCAGUGUGUGUGUGUCAGUGUAUAUGUGUGUGCACAUGUGCAGAGGGGUUGGGUGAAAGUCUCAAAAGAUGCUCUUAGAAAUUCAGAUUGGGGCAUUAACGAAGUAUCUGCCAUGCUCAGGAAUUUGGACUAUCCCAUCAUCACUGAUAAUCACUGAGCUCUUUCAAUAAGGGAAGCACCUCUUAUAAAAUCAUAUAUAUGAGUUUAGAAUGGUAUUUCUAACUCUAUUGAAUAUGAUAAUCACUUGGGGUGAGGGUCCUAACGGUCUGCUAAAAUCCCUUAUACCCAGACUAUAUCACAGACCAAUUGAAUGAGAACCUCUGUGGGUGCACCCAGACAUUGAAGCUUCCCACGUGAUUCCACUGUGUAGCCAAGACUGGAAGCUAGUAGUGGUUUAGAGAGACUCCCUGGCUGCUUGGCAGAGAUUAACAGCCAGGGAGAAUGUCAGGAGGCUUCACAGUGGAGAAGGGUGUGGUCUUGAAGAAGGCAGCACCCAAUGGGAACCGAAAAACGAAGAUAGGUUUCAAAGACAUUGAAUUACACUAGUAGUUACCAGUCAUCUAGUCGGAUGUGAAGGGGAGGGUGAGAGACACAGGGCUGACUCCUGCUGCAAAUGGUGGUGUCAGAAUCUAGAUAGAGUGGUGGCUCAGAGCUUGAGGGUGUGGCUAGGAAUCCCUGCUCAGCUGGUCUACUAGCUAGUGGGAUGAUCUUGGGCAAAUCACUAAAUCUCUCCCACUGUAGUUUGCUCAGAUAUAAAAUGGGGCUCACGGCAGUACCAAGCUUAUCACGAGAACUAAAUGAGCUAAUUCACACAAAGGACUUAGAACUUGAUGCAUCAGAUUCCCUUUAUAAAUACCAGUUCCUUGCUGUUAAGAGCAGCUAGGCAGGCAGGGUGAGGCAUUUUUCAAGAGAGAACUUAACCUAAGGCAAUUGAUAGGAAAAACAUUUCUUAGGCACUCAAGUUAAGGCCUACUGGCUUCACCUGUACCUCUGCUGGCUGUGCAGUCUUCGUCAAGGUUCAAAAUAAAAGCACUUCUCUGUGCAUCAGUUUUCUCACCUGUAAAAUGGAGAUCAUAAAAAUGUCUUGUUUUCAGGUAACUGGGAAUAUUAAAUCUGCUAAAGAAAAAUCCUUUUUGCUUACCACAUGCCUGAGAAGGGCUAUUUCCUGCUUUGACAUUAGUUCCCGAAUGUGCGGUGAUUUGGAGCAAUGUUUGUCUACGCCAAAUGUGCAAGCUGAUUCAUGUCCUGGGGCUGACCCCCUUCAGGCCCAUGGAGGAGCCUGCCCUGGGGUGGAGUCGGUGUCCUCGGCCUCCCAGGCCCUCCCCAGCCAAGCCUGUCUGUGUCUCAGGCCAUUUAAGUUGGACAGACCUCUUCUCAGACAGACGGACAUUACCUGCCCGUAGAGACCCCUUCCUUGGCACUGUUCAUUUUUUGUACUUCGGCUUAUUGUUCUCAGCAUCCACAUUCAGGAUAUCAAAAAGAAGACUGAGAAGAAGCGAGUGCUGUGCUAUGGCACAGAGAUUUUGGGGAGCGGUCUGUGACUUUGCUUGGAUUGGGAUCAGAGCAGUUAGCUGUUGGGAGCUCUGUGUUUCAGAACCUGUCACCUCUGGAGUCGGAACGACUUUGUGUGUAAUAUUGGAGCCAAUGCAGGAACUGAUGUCAAGACAUAAAACUUACAACCUCAGUCCACGAGACUGCCUGAAGACCUGUUUGUUUCAGAAGUGGCAACGGAUGGUGGCACCGCCAGCAGAACCCACAAGGCAACCGACAACUAAACGGAGAAAAAGGAAAAACUCUACCAGCAGCACUUCUAACAGCAGUGCUGGGAACAACGCAAACAGCACCAGCAGCAAGAAGAAGACCCCAGCUGCAAACCUGAGUCUGUCCAGUCAGGUACCUGAUGUGAUGGUGGUAGGAGAGCCAACUCUGAUGGGAGGUGAGUUUGGGGACGAGGACGAAAGGCUAAUCACUAGAUUAGAAAACACGCAGUAUGAUGCGGCCAACGGCAUGGACGACGAGGAAGACUUCAACAGUUCACCCGCCCUGGGGAACAGCAGUCCGUGGAACAGUAAACCUCCGGCCACUCAAGAGUCCAAAUCCGAAAACCCCCCACCCCAGGCUUCCCAGUAAGAUCGAGCGGCACCACAAUCCGGGGUCGGUAGGCCCGGGGUGACACUCGCUAUUCCAGACCCUUAUUUACAGGCGAGGGAGGAGAAGAAAUAAAAACUUUUCCACGCAAACAUCUAUUUCGAAACCGCCAUGAUCUGAGUUUCUUUCUCUAAUUUUUUUUUUUUAAUUGAGAGGACCAUUGCAAACAAACUUCCAUGACCCUUCCCUGGAGGCCUUCACUGGUAACACAGAUACUGGCACUGAUCUUAAUUAAAACAAGAGCAAACGCGAGCGCUUCUCCCGGCACAGUGUGAACCACAUGUUUGUUCAUUUCCUCCCCAAACCCCGUCCCCGCCCAGACCCCAGCAUCCGAUGAAGGCCAUAUUGUCAAUAAGCCCUCAGCGCUCAGGAUCUCACGAUAUGCCGACCCUCACUGCAGAUGACUUUUUAAUAUUGUAAAAUAUUUUCUGCUCUUUGACUUGCAUCUAAGAGUUUCUUGUUUCAGUAAAAAAAGAAAAGAAAAAAAAAUCAGCUUUUGGAAAGUGAUUUAAAUGUAUCUUUAAUUUCCUUUGUUUGUUUCUGUCAUGUUUUCUUCUACUGGGUAACAGCUAAGAGGGCCCAGCAAGGUAAUUUAUGGGCGAGCUAAUUAAUGUCCGUUGGUUUUCAAGCCUGAGUUGGUUUAAUUGAGCCCAAGUGCUGAAACAAGAAAUGUCUUUUUUGUCAUCAGAGAAACCAAGGCAGAUUGUUAUGUAAAGAAGGACACUUGGCCUCUUGAGAACGUAUGCAUUUGUAAAAUUGCUGUUGAUCCAAAUAUUUUCAAGCCAUGGAAUCCAUUAAUUUUGUGGGCAGUUUAAUAAACCUGAAACUUUUUGUGUUUUUUAUUGUAUCUGAGUUGACUGAUGUUUCUUUUCACAGUAUAUUUCUUGUACAAUAUUUUGUAAAGUCCUCACCUGGUUCUUUCAAGGGGAUUUUCCUUUUGGGGCAAUUCCAGUGUAUUUAUGUGAAACUUUAUAAGAGAACUAAUUUUUCCAUUUGCAUAUUAAUAUGUUCCACCACACAUGUAAAGACACAGUGGUUCCGUGUGUUAAUAAACAGCUGUAUUUUAUGUAUGCUUUACUGAUAAGUGUGCCAAUAAUAAACUGUGUUAACAACCAAA